GAUGGCAGUCCGGAGUUUCUAAAGUAACGCGUCUUGAAUACAGACCACGAUGACCUCGAAAGACAAGGAUGGUCCUAGUAUUGGACACUAUAUCCUCAAGGCCUCUACCAUCGCCCGCGCCCAUACUAUCUUUGCCUACACUGCUUUUACCUCAGCUCUUGCUCUCGGACUACUGCUUCAUUACAAAAAGAUUGUCAAAAAUGGGAUAGCCGGAUAUCCCGAGGAAUGGUUUCCUUCUGUAUCUGCCACAAUUGGCGACUGGUAUCCAGAGAGGAACGUGUUCCAAAUUGUGAUUGCAUUGACUUCCGGACCACGCAUUGCGCUUGUUUCCCUACAGUACUUUCUUCAGCGUUCGACUGAAUCAUCGCUCCCUGCCAUUGUAUUCGUCUCGGGUAUUAUCCGCACGCUGAGUUGUGGGGGAUGGGUCUACAUAACAUCCAGUGAUGACCACGACGCACACGACAUCUUUAUGAUCACGUAUAUAGUGCUCAAUCUACCUUGGAUGAUUGGAGGCAUAUAUUCAACAACCAUAAAAUGUCCAAGUGUUCGGAGAAAACGAUCUGUCAUCGCUUCAGCAUUUUUCUUGGCUAUCGUGCCUCUGGUGUAUUUCUUCAUUCAGCACAAAGUCUAUCGAAUUCCCGGAGCUUACACGCAUUACAGUUUUUUCGAGUGGGGGCUUAUUUUCUUCGAUGUUUUGUAUGAUGCGUGCGCAGAGGAGGAGUUCCGACUGAACAAUUUACAUGUCGCCAUCGGAGACUUGAAAUCAGUGAAUGGUAGUGCUGCACCUACGCAGGUAAAGUACAUUCACAUCGGAGGAUCCCCUUCCCGCCAUGAAAGAUCAGAAUCACCGAAAAUAAGAAGUCUUCCAGCCUCAAAUUGGGUGGCGUCCUUGGUUUCGUUGUAUCGACCAUAUGUCAGCUUUACUUCAGACCUUUAUCUAUCAUACAUUUUCUGGUCGAUUUUCACAUCACUGAUCCCGACAUUGUUCUACUUCUCUGUUUGGGAACUUGCGAUUGCUGGGUCUGAAUUAGCUUUGUUUUCGACUCUUUCCCCGAUAUGGCUAUCUAUACCUACAAUAUUGAAUUGGGCUCAUACACGAGGUGGUCAGACUAUUAUGCGUCUGCUUUCAUUCACUGGCGUGGCUGCCUAUGUUCUUCAAUCACCUCUUCAUCGUCUGUUCCUCGUAGCGUUUGCAACGUCGGCUGCCAUGAUACCUCAAGUCGUAACCUGGGCUGAUAAUCCUGGCUAUCAAAGCAUAAUGACCGGCUUAGGUCUUAUGUUGUCUUCCUUGUCUAAACACGUUAACCAUUCCAACAAUCCAGUUUGGCCGUUUAUCGAUGAAAGGUCUGGUGGUUAUAACAAAGAAGGCCUGCUCCUCGCCUUCCUCGCAUUAUAUGAAUUCUUCACUAGACCCGAUGAAGAGGGACGAUCACCCGAAUCCGAAAAAAAUGACUCCGCUCAGCCUGUAUCUGCUACUCAUUGGCUUUUGGGAGCGUUACCUUUAGGAAGCUUCAUUUUCAUCCUCCAUUCGUUGUUCGCAGAUCCCAGCACACUGAUAGCUUGGUCUUGGACCGGAUAUGAAAAUGGACGCCCCAGAGGACCACUACCCCAUCUUCAUGGAUCACUUACUCUCCUCUGUCAGUCUAUCGGUCUGCUAAUUGCCUUGCAAGCCGUGGCGAGGUCGAAAGUGCACCUGUUGGCGAAUCCACUUUGGUUUGUCUUUGGAAGCGCAAGCUCUUAUGUAAUGUACACCCAUAGAAAUUGGCUUGGAUAUCUCGGAGGAUUAGGACUUGCUAUCUUCGUCAUGGGAUCUUCACCGUUGAUACUGCAUAACGCGAGCUCAACUCGUGCAGUAUUCAAAACGUCUUUCACCGCAAUGUUAGUCUAUUGUUUGCUGGCUCUUGCAAACGUUUGGACAGUCGCGUACGCUUUUGUUCCUGGAGGUGUAUAUCUUCGUGAACGGACAGAUUUGGUAACUAUCGCUCAAAUAGUUUGUCUGGUUCCAGCUUUCAAGUGGCCAGCUCUUGGGAAUCGACAGAGUAGUGCAACUGCCUUGACAAGCACAAUCUCUUCAUGUACUCGGACUGCACUGGCUCUGAUGUCUAUCGUGGCUGUGCUAGCUUCGCUUUAUCGACUUCCAACUGCUCCAAUCCAGCCCUUCAGAGCAGGCCACCGAAUACUGCGUGCGGGAAUCUGGACGAUACACUUUGGCAUUGACAACGAGGGUCGGGAUAGUCAGCGUCGUGUGAUGAAUCUCAUAAAAGGCAUGGAACUUGAUGUUGUCGGGCUUCUUGAGACAGACCUACAUCGUACUGUCUACGGCAAUCGUGAUCUUACCAGAGUCAUCAUAGAGGAUAUGGGCUAUAACGUGGACCUUGGACCAGGUCCUAACUCUCAUACGUGGGGUGCUGUGCUCCUUUCCAAAUUCCCGAUAAUCAACUCUACACAUCACCUCUUACCUUCACCUCACGGAGAGCUAGCUCCCGCUAUAGAAGCUGUUUUAGAUGUGUAUGGCACAUCUGUCACAGUUAUUGUUUCACACAAUGGCCAAGAGGAAGAUCCUUUGGAUCGUGAAUUACAGAGCAAAGAGUUGGCAAGAAUAAUGUCAGAAGCGUACCCAAGACCGGUUAUCUUUCUUGGUUACGUAGUUACGCGUCCGCAUGCACCUAGGCCCAACCCUUACCAGAUUCUUGUCGAGGAUGGUAACGUCCACGAUGUCGACCAAGAAGAUCAUGACAGAUGGUGUGAAUAUAUUUUGUACCGUGGUUUGUAUCGAACUUCGUACGCCCGCAUAUCGCGAAGCACUGUCACAGAUACGGAAAUGCAAGUCGCGCAGUUUGUUCUUCCAAGACAUGGAAGAGGUGUUACAAACGAGACCGAGUCAGCGAGGUAUCUCAGAUCGCGUAAGGAAGGGCUGCCUCCACAACAUUGGUUCCCCAUGGCAUAUUACGGAAAUCGAAGAUGGGGAGGAGUCAACGGCCAUUUCUACCAUGUAUUCGACACGCCUUUGUACUACGCGAUUCCGGAAGGGGCUGAGAUAUAACUGACCUUGAUAUUGAGCCUAUAGAUAAGAGAUUGGUGAUGUUUGUAUGUCUAAGUACUGUAUAUCAGUGUUGUGCAUUCUAUCUCCUGUAUCGUCCUCCAUAAAAUGUCUAUUCUUACAUUCUCUGA